AUGGAACCCCAGAACAUCACAUGGGUGUCAGAAUUUAUUCUGUUAGGAUUCUCACAGACUCAAGAACUCCAAAAACUCCUGUUCGUGGUUUUCCUGUUUGUCUACAUCACCACCGUGGUAGGAAACCUCCUUAUCAUGGUCACGGUGACCUUUGACCCCCGGCUGGAUAUGCCUAUGUAUUUUCUACUCCGAAACCUGGCUGUCAUAGACCUCAGCUAUUCCACAGUCACCUCCCCCAAGAUGCUGGUGGACUUCUUUCAUGACAUCAAGACCAUCUCCUACCAGGGCUGCAUGGCCCAGAUCUUCUUCUUCCACCUCCUGGGCGGUGGGACUGUCUUCUUCCUCUCUGUGAUGGCCUAUGACCGUUACAUAGCUAUCUCCCGGCCCCUCCACUAUGUCUCCAUCAUGAACACCAGGCUGUGCGUGGGGCUGGUGGUGGCUGCCUGGAUAGGCGGCUUUGCCCAUUCCAUUGUCCAGCUGUCUCUGAUGCUCCCACUGCCCUUCUGUGGCCCCAAUGUCCUGGAUAACUUCUUCUGUGAUGUCCCCCAAUUGGACAAGGCUGUGUCCAUCAGCUACACAGUCUUGACCCCCAUGCUCAACCCCAUGAUCUACACCCUCAGGAACCAGGAGAUGCAGGCAGCCAUGAAGAGAAUAGCAAAACACUUUGUGCUUAGUAAAGGGGAUGAAAUUUAA